ACAUCAAAAAAAUAAUUAGUAAAAUGCCAAACUCAAGACGAAGAAAAUUUUCAGUUCAGAAUGACGUGGCACGGAAAAACCUGUCCAAGGGAAAUUCAAUCAUAACAAAUAGUAUUGCAACUAUAAACCCGCCACAGAAAAAUAACAAAACACCUCCCAAAAGUUUUCAAAACCGCUCAGUAGCAUUAGAACCAAUGGCGGUCGUGUUUGAAUGUGAUGACUGUUCACCAGUCAGAAAAGAGAACAGAGGCAACCCUGUUGAAGCAAAUACCAUCAAACUCAAUAGCCUAAGCACAUCUACCACUACUGUGUCACAAGAAACAAACGCUUCAAUAUCACAGAUAACAACACCUUUAAAACGAGAGACAAUAACAAGAAACAGGCGGGAGCCGACACGUCAACCUCGAGCUAGGGUUCGCAGUCCCAAACAUAGCUUAGCUGUCUUUGAUACACCACAUACAGAAAUAUAUAACUCUGUAGAAUUAAGCUCCAUGAAACAGCAUUUCAAAACUGUCAUAGACUCUGCACCCGAGUCAUCGUCAAAUCCCACAUCGCAAACUCCACAUUCAUCAAAACAAGAGACAAAGGAUAGAACCCGGCAACGGCAUCAGCAUCGAGCUAGAGUUCGCAGUCCGAAGCACAGUUUAUACGUGUUCAGCAGCCCUAGUAUAGAAAUCCGUAAAGUAGAAGAUAUGGCGACAAGCGUAGACGUUAGUAUAAGCUCUUGUAAGGAGACAGUGGGAACAAACGUUAUCGAUUGGGAGCAUGAAGCACAUCAGGAUUGGGCACAAGAUAGUCAAGUUUAUACGAUGGACGUGGCGGAACUGGAUAUGUUAGAGUUGGAGCAACAGAGCGAUCAUUCAUUGGAUGAUAUGUGUAGAAUCUGUCACAGCGGGGAUUGCUUAUCUCCGGAGCUCGGGAGGCUGGUGUCCGCUUGCAAUUGCCGUGGCACGGUGGGCCGCGUCCACGUGCGGUGUCUCGAGCGAUGGCUGACCGAGUCUGGCAAAUCGCGGUGCGAGCUGUGCGGGACCCGGUACCAUACUCGCCGAGUGCACCGAUACGGGGUGCUUAAGGCGCUUGUCAUGUGGUUCUUGAGCCAGAACGCUAAACAGCUCAUGGUGGACAGUCUCGGCAUAAUGCUGAUGUCUCCUCUAGCAGUCUUGGCUGCUUGGCUAUCCGGGCGGACUUUAGCUGGUCUGAUGACACAGGAGAGCCAAGUCACACCCUGGCCGCUAGCUUCCACGUUUGUUCUCGCCUGCAUGACCUUGGUAUGUUAUUACUGCUGGAUCGUUUCGGCGGCGACGCGGCAUGCUCUCGGCUGGUGGAUCUGGUAUCGUUCACAGUAUGAAGUCCGUCUAGAGUUGCAAGAUGAAGAGUGACUCGUACCAUUGUGCAGUAUGUAUUUAAAAAAAUAAUUCACUUAUUUAAAAUAUAAAAUUAAGUAGGUAAGUAUGUCUAGCCACAAAGCGGAAAAUGUAAGGCCACAAAGAUCUUAUUCACUAUUAAGACCACAGACCAAAAUUUUUUUGAAAUUAUUAUGUGCACUUUGGUUUUGCUACUUGUAAGUUCAUACAGAUUAAUUCUCGUGCUUGUUUAUUUUUGUCCGGCUUCAGGAGUAAAACAUAUCUAAGCUUUAUU